AUGGCGACGAUAUGGUGUGAUGAGGAGUCUCAUAAGUUACUGGAACUGUGGGGUGAGGAAGGCAUACAAGCACAACUGGAAGGAUGUACCAGGAAUAAGCACAUCUAUGAGAAAGUAUCAAAGUCUAUGGAAGAAUCUGGCUAUAGUAAGACAGCAAUACAAUGUAGGGAGAAGAUAAAAAAAUUAAAAAAAGAUUACAAGAAAGUUAAAGACAAGAACAUACCAACUGGUACUGGUACAACUGUUUGGAAAUUUUAUGAUGCUGUCAAUGACAUACUAGGGAACAAACCAGCGACACACCCACCUGUAGUGAUUGAUACGUCAGUGGAAUCAGUUCGAAGUCAAGUAACACACAUAAUGAACAGAAGUGAGGACUUUGAUAAUUCAUCUAGCUCUGGAGCUUUGGAGACGGAAUAUGAUGGAGAUGACUGGUCUUUUGUUGAAACAGAAUCAGGAACGACUAUUGAUAGUGCAACUGAGGGGAAAAUAAAUGAAGGGAAAGUGGAAACGAAGCCAAAAAGGAAGCGCGGAAAGGAAGACAAAUAUGAAAGAGCUAUCUCUGUUUUUGAAAAGGUGCUAGCUCAAAGCAAAGAUGCUGAUGGACGUUUCUUUGAACUUGAGGAAAAGAGACUAAAAUUGGAGGAGCGCCAAUUGGAAUUUGAAGAUCGUCGUCUAAGAGAGGAACAAGAAAGAGAGGCUCAAAGGAGAAGAGAGGAAAGAGAGUUUCAACAGAAUUUAUUUGCUUUGUGUAGUCGUCAUAUGCCUCUCUAUAAUCACUUCAAUGCGCCAUUCAAAGACAACAAUCGUUAA